AACAGGUGUAGAACAAGUACAACUAGAAUGUACCCAUCAACACCUCAUGCACCCUCUCCAUGACAAAGCUAGCAACAAUCAACAAGUCUUUCUCCUCUAGCUAGCUAGCUAGCUCACCAUCCUGCAUCCCCAUAUAUAACACUGAGGGUGUUGUAGCAUCACAAGCUUACACCAGGAAAAAGAAGGAGCAAGAAACAUCACAGAUCGAUGGGGGAGAAGAGGAGCUAGCUAAUCGAUCUUCGGUUCCUGGAUCGACAUAGCUAGAUGCAAUUUCUCCACGACUCCGCAUACGAUUAAUUACGAGACCAUAUGCAUGGUGUAGGGCUGGCAAGAAGAGCUAACUUCUAGCUGCAAAUUACAAAGCUGGGUACAAGGAACAGGGCUAAGAAAGAAGGAAGGAAGCACUAGCUAGUUAGGUUGGAUUAGAAGAAAUUGAACCGAAGCUGGCGAACAAGUGGUGGGACGAAGGGCGGCUGGGCCUCCCGCUCACCACGGAGGCGCCGCCGUCAGUCCUCUCCAGCAACCAGCAGCUGGACGCCAUGGCGGCCAAGGCAGACGGGGAGCACAGCGGCGGGGGCAGCGGCCAGGACGACGACCGCUGUGAGCCCAAGGAGGGCGCGGUGGUGGUGCCAGCGAACCGGCGCCCGCGCGGCCGGCCCCCGGGGUCCAAGAACAAGCCGAAGCCGCCCAUCUUCGUCACGCGAGACAGCCCCAACGCGCUGCGCAGCCACGUCAUGGAGGUGGCCGGCGGCGCCGACAUCGCCGAGUCAAUCGCCCACUUCUCCCGCCGCAGGCAGCGUGGCGUCUGCGUGCUCAGCGGCGCCGGAACCGUCGCCGACGUCGCGCUACGCCAGCCGGCAGCGCCGGGCGCCGUCGUGGCCCUCCGCGGCCGCUUCGAGAUACUCUCCCUCACCGGCACCUUCCUCCCCGGGCCUUCACCGCCGGGCUCCACGGGGCUCACCGUAUACCUCGCCGGCGGGCAGGGGCAGGUGGUCGGGGGCAGCGUCGUGGGCGCGCUCACCGCGGCGGGGCCUGUCAUGGUGAUCGCGUCCACCUUCGCCAAUGCCACGUACGAGCGCCUGCCGCUGGACGAGGUCGAGGAGGACCACCACCAGGACGCCGCCGGAAGGGGCGGUGUUCACGCUCCGAUGAUGAGCGACCCCUCGGCAGCGAUGCCAAUGUUUGGCGUGCCAGCGAACAUUGGAGGCGGGCCGCUUGGGCAUGCGGCUGCGGACGGGAUGCCAUGGCCGCAGGGGCAUGCACGACCGCCAUACUAGCAUCGAUCAUGGAUUGAGGCGCGCUCCAGCUCCUCGAUCCUCAUGGAUCUGUUAUACCAUCAAUCUAGCUAAGCUCUAGCUCCCACCAUUACCAAUAAGUGAAUUAAGGACAUGCAUGCAUAUAUAUACUCCAUGUAGCAGCUGACUAAUUAUUACUAGUAUGAUAUUUACUUAUUUUGCUCUGAACAAA